CCAAGAUGGGGCCAGGGUGGGACCUGUGCCCUCCUCUGUCCGCAGCCGCCCUGGGCACGCUGGACUUCAGCCUGCUGUAUGACCAGGAGAACAACGCCCUCCACUGCACCAUCACCAAGGCCAAGGGCCUGAAGCCAAUGGACCACAAUGGGCUGGCAGACCCCUACGUCAAGCUGCACCUGCUGCCAGGAGCCAGUAAGGCAAAUAAGCUCAGAACAAAAACUCUCCGUAACACUCUGAACCCCACAUGGAAUGAGACCCUCACUUACUACGGGAUCACAGAUGAAGACAUGAUCUGCAAGACCCUGUGGAUCUCUGUGUGUGACGAGGACAAAUUCCGGCACAAUGAGUUCAUCGGGGAGACACGUGUGCCCCUGAAGAAGCUGAAACCCAACCACACCAAGACCUUCAGCAUCUGCCUGGAGAAGCCGCUGCCGGUGGACAAGACCGAAGACAAGUCCCUGGAGGAGCGGGGCCGCAUCCUCAUCUCCCUCAAGUACAGCUCGCAGAAGCAGGGCCUGCUGGUAGGCAUCGUGCAGCGCGCCUACCUGGCCGCCAUGGACGCCAAUGGCUACUCGGACCCCUACGUGAAAACAUACCUGAGGCCAGAUGUGGACAAGAAAUCCAAACAUAAGACAGCGGUGAAGAAAAAAACCCUGAACCCGGAGUUUAAUGAGGAGUUCUGUUACGAGAUCAAGCAUGGGGACCUGGCCAAGAAGUCCCUGGAGGUCACCGUUUGGGAUUACGACAUUGGAAAAUCCAAUGAUUUCAUUGGUGGUGUGGUUCUGGGCAUCCACGCCAAGGGGGAGCGCCUGAAGCACUGGUUUGACUGCCUGAAGAACAAGGACAAGCGCAUCGAGCCCUGGCACACGCUCACCAGCGAGCUCCCAGGGGCCGUGCUCAGCGACUGAUGCCCACCCGCCACUGCUACCCCUGCCGCCACCUGCGCCCAGCACGGCCGGCCCCGGGCUUCCCCAGCAGCCACCAAGGCCUGUAGCCCCCACACUGGGGGAGAUCCAGAACCCCUGCUUGGACACAGAGCCACUGCAGUCCCCGCUCGGAGGAUGUGGAGGGCUCAGCCACUCUGGGACGGGGAGGGCAAGGAGCUGGGGUGGGGGGCUCUCAGCCCUCUGGCGCCCAAGAGGCCGGUAAUGGAAAGAGACCUCAGCACCUGCCCAGGGGAAGGGGACACGCCCAUCUGGGAGCAAAGACCCUUCUAGAGGCCAGCCCUGGUUGAGAGGACAGGAGUGUGGGGGUGCCUUGGCAGACAGUGGGAACAGAGGAGGGAGGUGGUGAGCAGACAGACAGGUGGAGGAUGGGACCUUGAAGACUGGCUGCUCCAGCCCAAGAAAGCCUGACUGCAUCCCUCAUCUCCUUCGCUGCUGGACAGAUGGAAGAAGCGGGCCUGCCGGCCGAAAGUCUGCCAGAGUUCCCGGAGGCUCCUGAUGACGGGUAAAUUGGCACAUGCUUCACUCAAUUAUUCCACAAGCCCUGGGGGUGAAUGAGACACAGGGCCUGCCCUCAGGGAGUUCCCAUCUAGUCAGGAAGCUGGGAACAAACCAUUCCAACUGGGGUGAGAAAUACCAAGACCAGCUUGGCCAGUCUGCAAGUACUGUGGGCUCUGUUGACUCUGCCGGGAGGUCAGGGAAGGCUUCCUGGAGGAGGUGGUGCUUCCGUAAGGCCUAUGGAGGGUGAGUGGGGGCUUCUAAAAGCAGUCCAGGCAGUGGGAGUGGUCUAAAACGGCCUGGAGAGAGAAAGCCAAUGGGGCCGGGGUGCUGUGGACCCAGGGUCUCCUCUCCAGGGGAGGGUUUGUUAGGAAGGUGUGAGGCUCGAGGCAGGAGGUGGGGGACGUGAUGGAAACACCAUGGAGAAACUGGUGUGGGCUGAAGUUCAGACCUCAGACCCAAGUCUCCCACUCUGAUCUCUUUCUACUCCUGAGGGACCUCAAGGGCGGAGCCCGCCCCUCCUCCUUCCCGGCAUAAGCAUCAGGUCAGCUGCGGUGGAGAAAAGGGUCCCUUGUGCUUGGGAAAAAAGCAAGCAUUCCUACACGUCCUGACUCUGCCCUCCCCUCCCCUCCACUCCCUGGCUCACACUGGGGGCCUCCGGGUGCUUGCUCGUGGCAUCCUGGUCCCACUACCGCCACAGAUGUCCCUUUUGGGAGUAAUCAGUGGCAGUCCAGGGCCUUGUCCACCCUCCAGGAGCUGAGCAAGAAUCACCCUGGCUGGUGGGCCUGUCUGCUCCCCUGAGUGAGACUCCCCAGGAGGCUUGAGAUUAUCUGAAUCUUGGGGCCCAUGCCUGAAGCCCACAAACUUUCUCUGCCUACCAAGGGCCCCUCAGGAACGCUGGGUGAACAAAUACAGAGCCAAGGAGUUGCACAGCCAGAGUCCCAGUGUGCUCAGCCCAUCAGUGUGUGAUGGAAACAGAGGCCCAGAGAGGUCAGGUGACCUGCCCAGGGCCUUCCAGCCCCCACACAGCUGGGACCAGGAUCCACAGCCCCCAGCCCAGAGUGCUGGACACCACACUUCAGGGGAAUUGGCGUGCUGACCUCACACCAGAGAGGUCCUGCUAGCUGCCAGCCUGGGGCUCCCCCGCCUGCUGCCCACCCCUUCAACACCGAUAGAGGGACUCACAGGCACGACGGUGGGACCUUCCAACUGCAGACACAAAGCACACCACCACCUGAGGUCCAGGGUUGUGAUUUGAAUCCUACCAAGUGCCCAUCAGGCCUUUCCCAGGUUUCAGGGAAAACAGGACCCCAGCCCCCACACAGUCCCUGGCCACCUGCUGCUCAUGGAGACUUGUCUCCCCACCUUUAGGAAGGGUUUCUAUGUGAAGGUUUUUGCAUGCACUGGUCUGAACGCAUGUUCACAGCCCUGCAAGGUGGGUUUGAUUCUCAUCCCCAUCUUGCAGGUGAAACAGGUUCCCAGAGUCUGAGUAGUUUGCCAAGGCCACACAGCCAGGAAGGGGUGAACCAGGACUCAAACCCAGGUCCUCUGACUGCCACUUUCUCUCUCUGGGGGUCGGUACCCCCAGUCCCUUCCCUCUUGGUCUGUCGGAGACUCAGCAGAGACACCAGGUGAAGGCUCAGUAAGCUCAGGUGCGUGAUGGAGACCUGGGGUCUUGUCACUGUCCUGCCACCUCAUCCGCUGGCUUUGAAACCAUCCGUGCUACUUCAGGCUUCCCCAGAGGUGUCUAACCUGGCCCCAAAACUCAGCCACCCCACCCUAGCCUCUGGGGGCUGAGGCAAGGGCUCCUCUUUUCUCCACACAGAAUGGGCACCCUCUGAGGGCCUAAGGUAAGAGGUGGUCUCUUUCUAAAAGGCCUGGUGUCUAGUUAAGCUCUGGGUAUCUUCUUAGCUUUGCUUUUUUGGGGGUCUCAUUCAGAGAGGAGAUUUGACAGCCUCUCUGAAGACACAGAAGUGAAUGGCAGAGCGAGAAGAGGCUGUACCCCCCACCUACCAUGACUUCCUUAUUAGGCACAUGGGGAAUGUGAGGCCCAGUGGGUGAGAGGGGCCUGAAGGGGCACAGCUGGGACAAGAACCCAGAACUCCAGCCCCCCAGUCCAGGGCCCUCUACUGCCCAGGCUGUGCAAAUGGGGCUGGGACCGAAAGAUGGGGACAUUCAGGCUGGGAGGCGGGCUUGCUGGCCAGCCAGCCCAGGGGCAGCACAGGCACUCGGGCAGGAACUCCCCAGGAAGUUUGGAAACCUUCUUUCCCUAGGAUCUCAGCACCCUUUUAGAUCCCGUGCAGAUUGUCUUUCUGUUAAAGCGUUUUGAGGCACGAUGGCUCACGCCUGUAAUUGCAGCACUUUGGGAGGCCGAGGCUGGCGGAUCACCUGAGGUCAGGAGUUUGAAACCCGCCUGGCCAACAGGGCGAAACCCCAUCUCUACUAAAAAUACAAAAAUUAGCCGGGUGUGGUGGCGCACGCCUGUAGUCCCAGCUACUCAGGGAGGCCGAGGCACGAGAAUCGCUUGAACCCGGGAGGUGAAGGCUGCAGUGAGCCAAGAUCGCGCCACGGCACUCCAGCCUGGGCGACAGAGCAAGACUCCGUCUCAGAAAAAAAAAAAAAACAAAAAACGCUUUGAGAAGCUGCAGAAGCGGCUCUGCCUUUGACCCCGAAUGGGCAUCUUUACUCGGGUCCAUCAUCCCCACAAAGACAGGAAAUCUGAUGCCAAAAAAAAAAAAAAGUCAUUCCAGGUGUCAGUAACCAGGCGCUGCCUCCAGCCCCGCCCCGCCCGCCGCCCCGCCCGCCGCCUGCGCCAAUCCCCGACGGGCCCGUCUUCCAGCCCCGAAGCGGUCACCUCCUGACCUCUAGUGGCGAGCGCGGGGAACUGCGCCCCGGCUCGUCCGCCUGCCGAGCCCGGGCCGUGCAUGCCCUGCCCGUUGUUCCUUCGCAAGCCGAGUGAACCUCCCGAUGCAUGGACUCUGGCUGUCGUCGACGCAGACUCUCGUGCACUGCUUAACCCCGUUUUGCUGCCAUGUGACGGCUGCAGACACUGUCCUCAAACUGCAGUCCCACAGACAAGUUUUGUAUUUUGGUCUGACCUACCCGAAGGUGUCCUUUUUAAGUCUUAUUUGUUAAUAUUUAUAAUGACAUAUAAUCCAAAGUAAAUGGAAACUUCAUAUUGCGA